AUGGCGAAUCUUCGGGCUGCUGGGCCUUUGCAGUGGUUUACCCUGCUCAUCAUGAUCUUAACGGCCUCUGCCGCUAUCACACUUGACGACAUCCAACCCAUCACCUCCCUGUCAGUUUCUCGCAACUGCCUCCUCACUUACCGAAAACCUCUCCAAGGCUGUAACUCGGAUGACUUCGAUGGAAAUGACUGCUCUAGGAGCUGUGCGCAGGGCGUCCUCCGGAUUGAGGAUCUCCUCCAACUCUCUUGCCGCGAUGACACCGCCUCUACAAACUCGCUUCUCGCAAUGGCAUUGGGAGACCAGCUGCUCGAUUUCUUGUGCCCGGACGAGCCUCAGAUCAUACCCACUUCUUUCACCUCCGAGGGUACAACAUCGACACUCUCUUCGGUCCAGCCAGAGAUGACGACUACAGCUAAGGCUUGGCCCACACUUACCAUGAGAACCUCGACAACGGAAAGACUUACCGAGUCAACAACGUCUGAAGGUUCCGUGCCCUCGGAAGGUGGAAAAUCGCCCAAUGCCCCUGAACCGACUGUGACAUCGGAGUCCGAGUACGAUUCUACAACUAUACCACUCUCACCAACCACGGAGUCACCCCUUCAUACAACAAGUGAUGCCGUGACCGGUACAACUACAAGCUCCGUCCGGACAACUAUCGGAAGCCGUCCGAUAAGGGGCGGUGGCGGAAGUCCUUAUGACCUUCCUGCUGGUGUUAGAAGUGGUCAGCAAAGGCUCUCCAUGUCGGGAUUUAAAGCUGCCUUUGGCACUCUAUUCCUUGGAGCGCUGUAUCUAUAG